AGGUAGUGUCUGCGAAGUUUUCCAAAGGCGGGCCCACAACUAGGGUCCUCGUGUCUGGUGGUAGGAGUAGGGGACACGACACGGCGUCUUCUCAUCUUCUUCCCUGUAUUCGACUGGGUGAUUCCAGGCACUUUCCUCGUAUCGAAGGAAGAGAUCACAAUCGAUCAAAACGACACCUUGUAAUCUAUCUGGGUACUAGAUUGCUUCUUAUGUAAACAUGGCGCGGAGUGGUGGAAAAGAUUUUGUUUCUAUGAAUAUUUAUGAAAUGCUUAAAGUUUUCUCACAUCCACCAACGGAGUCUUGUAUAUUUAGAUUACAUGAAGAACUACGUCAGAUAAACGACAAGGCCUAUGACCCAGAGAUUAUUUCAAUAGGUCCUUACCACCGUGGUAAACAAAACCUACAGAUGAUGGAGCGGCACAAGUUACGCUAUUUUCAUUCACUUCUUCAAGAAAAAAAUCAGAGUCCAAAAAAAUAUGUCGAUGCUAUUAGAGAACUAGAACAAAAAGCACGUCAAUUUUAUGCUGAACCUAUAAGCCUUGAUUCAGAUGAAAUGAUCACAAUGAUGGUACUGGACGGCUGCUUUAUCAUUCAAUUGUUGCGGAAGUUUGAUAUGGAAUUCUUGAGAGAUGAGAAUGAUCCUAUUUUUAAAAGGGACUGGAUUUUUAAUAGGUUGCAGCGCGAUUUAAUGUUAUUUGAAAACCAAAUUCCGUUCUUUAUACUGUGCAAGUUAUUUGAUAUGAUCGAGGCACCAAACAACCAUAACAGGCUCAUUUAUUUGGCCUUGAGAUUUUUUAGUGAUCUUUUACCAGGUACUGGUAAAAGGGAAGAUGGAAAAGAGUCACAGGGUAAGAUCAGUCAUUUACUAGGGUUGAUACACAGUAACUGGCGCCCGUCAUUUGCAGGGGUGGAGCCUGUUGAAGAUGCCUCGAAUAAAAAAGGAAAAGGGUACUGGCGAUUCAUUCCUAAUACAAGAGAGCUCCAAGAAGCUGGAGUUAAGAUUGAGAAGUUUGAGGUUACAGGAGGUAGCUUGUUUGAUAUCGAGUUCAAAAGUGGGGUAAUGCAGAUUCCACCUUUAACCAUUGAAGGCAGGACAGAGUCAUUCUUCAGAAACCUCAUUGCAUACGAGCAAUAUAGUCUUGAUAACCAAUUCAGUUAUGUCGCUGAUUAUGUGAAAUUUUUAGAUUUCCUCAUUGACUCUCCGAAGGAUGUCAAAAUACUUUCUCGUCGUGGUAUCAUUGAUAAUUGGCUGGGUGAUGAUGAAGCGGUUUCCAACUUAUUUAACAAGAUUAGUGACACAGUCUCAGGGACGAGCAUGCAUUUUCAGUAUGCUGAUAUCUUCAACAGGGUGAACAUCCAUUGCAGCCAGCCCUGGAAUCUGUACAGGGCAAGUUUGAACCGGAACUAUUUAAAUAACCCGUGGGGAAGGAUUUCAAUUCUGGCUGCUUCGGUAUUACUUCUACUCACUUUGACACAAACUCUAUUUACAGUUUUUGGUAGGAAAUUGUAAUUGUUGGAGCAACAAAAUAGACGGUCACAACUUCUUGGUGAGAGUAUCGGUGUGCUCUUCUUUAUCGUCUUUAAACUCUCCGUUUGUAAUUACUUUGACAAUAUUCAUACAUAUAUGUAUAAUAUAUGUGUACGUUUGCUUUGGAUA